AUUCAUGGCAGUGAUACAAGUGACCAGUCUCCUAACUUAACACCUAUACAUCAUGCAGAUAUGAAAGAAUCAGUUCCUCCACAGCCUGCUGCAUGCACAUUGAAAUUUCCUUCAGAAAAAUCUACAGUUCCUCAGAAAUCUGAUCAAGAAAUAUUAGAAGCAUUGAAAGAUGAAGAAUCAGACCAAGAUGCAGAAAAUGGAAAAUCAUAUGCAGAAGUGUCAGAUGAAGACAAAGGUUUCUCUCAUGAAGAUUCAGAAGAAUCAGAAAGUGAUGGUGAUACACAAUCUUUAUGUGAAUACAGAAAACAGUCAGAAAAAGUAACAUCUAUGAAAAUUGUGAUUUCCUACUUAGUAUUAAAUCCUGGAACUGCAAUAAUUCAGAAUGCAUCAAUAAAGAUGCUGUAUGUUGAGUACAGAUUUUUAGAUUAUCCAUUAGAAGAACUUGAAACACCGAUUUCUCUACCAAAAGAAGCUUAUCCUCACAAAAUAGAAUAUAACUUUGAGAAAGUCUUUCCUUUCAGAUCUAAAGAUGUAAAAAAAUGGAGUUUAUUGUCCAAAAUGUUUACUUCUGAUUCACCUGAUUCUAGUCUAAUUAAAUUUACAGUUGUUAGUGAACCUCUACCAGAAGAGCAAGAUUUAGAGUGUGAAGAUGUUGGAUAUGGAUCUUUAGAUUUACAAGAGAUUUUUAAAAGGCAAAAAGAUAUGAUUAAUGAAAACAUCAUAAUUUAUGAUGCUUCAGAUAACUGUACAGAGGUAGGCUACUUAAAUGUCACCAUUGAAGCUCUGGAUGUACUUCUGCAACUGGAAAAUUUUAUGCUAUCUUGAUGAAAUAGCAUUGUCAGAUUUUUGUCAUUGUGAAGAGAUGUCACAUUUUAUAUUAUGUGAGAAGUUUGAAUUAAGUUAAUCACUUUUAAUUUAUAUUUUUUUAAUCCUAGUCAUUAUAUAUGUAAAAAUAAGUAUUGUUUUAAAUGAAUUUUUGUUCUUUCUAAACCAAAAUCUUUUAUCUAUGUUUUUAAUUAAUUUAGUUUAUUUAAAUGAGUUAUUAACAUGGUCUUACUUCAGUAAUGUUUGUUAUAAUAACAAUAAGAACUAAGUUCCCUUUUGGUAGAAAAAUAUUUGGGAGAAAUAAAUUUCAUUCUUAGUUCAAAUUGCAUGCCCUAACCAUUAUAGUUUUUAUCUAACGAUUGCUUUCCUUAUAUUGACCUAGAACAAAAUAUGAAACUUUUUCUGUUAAGCCACAGAGCAUCAGUUUCUUCCUCAAGCAUAAAUCUGCAACCAGAAAAUGAAAAAGGAAGUAGGGGAACUUAAUUAGAAAUAAUAAUGUUAUAAAUCCUGUUAUAUAUAAUUUCUUAAUUUUGUAUUUUUAUUGCUGUAUAAAGUUAUAUUUUAAGGAAGCUUAAAUAUACUUGUUAAUGAUGAUAAUUUAAAUAAUAAAUAUUAUCUGCAUAUUAUCAGUAAUAUUUAAUUUUAAUUCUCUGUUGAUGUUGAAUAAUUGUUAUUUCAUUUUCAACUGAAUUAACUAUUUAAGUUGCAAAAACUUAAUAUUUUAAUUUUAAUAAUUGAAGUCAUUUUUGUAUAUGUGUGUAUGUGUAUGUAUGGGUUUAAAAAUUUGUAUUCGAAUUUUUAGCCUAUUUAUAUAUUUAUUUUUAUACUAUUUUUGUAUAUAGAGAGAAGGAAAACGACAGUUGCUUUCUAGUAACCUUCAGGCAUUAUUAGAUAUUUUACUAGAGCAAAUGAUAUUUUUUAAACAGCCUUAAAAAUAUUCAUGCAUAAAGUGGAGUGAAGGGAAGGAUAAAGCUAACAUACCCGUCUUAAUAAUGGGCAAAGUAUUGUUUAUAUCAGUGAAUUAAUGCACGACCUGCAGCAUAAUUACUGUGGAAUGUAGAUAUAUAGUAUUCUAACAAGUGUACUUCUUGUGAUAGUAUAACCUAUAAUCAUCCGUCCUAAAACAUAAAUUUCAUAAGGUAAUUUUAACUGGUUAUUUUUAGGCUAGGUUAUUUGCUUUGUCAGAAAGCAUAACAAGAUACAUGUAAUUGAUUUAACUUUGAAUGUAAAUUUCAAAAUUUAGUCACAUUGAUCUGCAGAAAUCUCACAUUCAGUUUGUGUGAUGAAUUUUCUAUGACUAAAAGUAAAGAUGCUAGUUUUUAAGACUUUCCACUCUUAAGAUGUUUGUCAGCAAUUUUCCAUGCAUUUUUUAUAUGCUCUGUUUCAAAUGCUUCCUGAGCAAUCUCUCUAUAAGUUUUGAAUCUAGAAUAUAUUUUUUGAUUAUGUAUUUAAAUUAUCUCUGAAUGUUGAUUAAUUCUUAUCAAAAGCAUCUCAGAACCUUGGGUUAUUGGUUCUUCUACAAGUAAAUAACAAAUUAAUAUGUGGUGUUCCAAUGUAUAGUGUGAUAACAGCUAUCACUCUGAGAAAAAGAUUAUCAACUAAUUUUUUUAAUGUUGCAAAUGUGAUUUAAUGCUAUUCUUGCAAAAGAACUGUGGUCAUUUUUAUCCCUGAUUAUGGGUGAUAUAAUAUAAUAUGGCUUGUAGCAGAUGUUCUAAUUUAUCCCUCUUGUGCUAGCUUUGAAGCCAAAACUAAAAUAUUGAGACAGAUCUCUGUGUUCGUAAGUUUUCUCAGAGAAUCCAGUUAGAAUAAUUAUAAAUCAUGAGAAACAGCCCCAUAACUAUCACGCUUCUACCACUAUACUUUGAUCACUACAGUUGGGAAAGUGUUUAUAUAUAUAUAUGUCUGUUUCAAGUAAUACAUGAUUCUGAAGAUAUUUUUUUAGUCUUUCUGUUAUUGUUCUAAAUUAUCUGAAAAACAUGAUAUUUGUUGUCUAUUUCUUAUAAAGCAUUAAAUUAUUUGUAUUUAUUAGAUUUUAUAUUUAUAAACACGAGAGUGUUGAACACUAGACACUUGAAGCAAUUAUAAGAAAAUCUUGAAAAACUAUAGAACUAUAUCGAAAGUUAAUAUGUUUUUCUUAUCAUAAAAAAGAAUACAGUUUAAAUAGUUUAUUUCACUUAAUAUAGGCAAAGUCUAUUAAAUCACAGUAAUAUUUCUGCUUCAUUUUAAUGUUAUAAAUUAUUACUUCAUCAUGUAAAAGUUUUGAAUUUUAGAUAUAAAUGCAUAUGUAAUUAUAGUGCCAAAAUAUCCAAUUUACACAUUAAAAACAAUAAGUCAAUUAAAAGACGCAAUAUUUAAUUGCUCCACCAAUGUCAAGUGGUUAAGACCACUGAAUGCUGGUAGUUGGGCCUGAGUGUGACUACCAGUACUGCAUGCUGAUAGUUGCACAUGUCAUAAAAAAGAAUACAGUUUAAAUAAAAAGAAUUAUUUUUUAUGAUAAGAAAAUGGUAUUAAUUUUUGAUAUAGUUCUAUAGUUUUUCAAAAUUUUCUUAUUAUUGUUUCAAGUGUCUAGUAUUCAACACUCUCAUGUUAGCUUAUGUGUGAGCAGUUGCAAACAGUCUGGCUGCAUGGUUGAGUUUCCCCAUAUGUAAUAUGAAUAUGAGCCAGUCUUCUUUUCUACAGGAGGAAUUGCCUUAAGCAAGUAGCCCUCAUACGUUUUGUCAUAUUCAAAUAACUUAACCUAAUCAAUAUUUAGGUACAGUGUUUUAAUUUAUAAUUUAUUUCCUAUGUACUGAUAUUUUUAAAAAGAGAAGUAAAAAAAAAUCAGAUUGUUAUAAUAUUAAAAUAUUUUUCGUAACAGUCUUUGGGAAAAAUAUAAAUCCCUUAAAAUAACAGUAAAACUUCUCUGUUUUUUUUUCCCCAGUAUUAACUUAAAAAUAAGCUUAUAGUCCCAGAGAUUAAGGAAGAAAACUGUUUCUCUCUUUUUAAUAAUUAAAGUUAUUUCUGAACAAAGAUUGAAGUGUUUACAAUCAGUAAUAUUAAAGCAAAAGAAAAAAUCCAAAACAUUCCUAUAAAAGAAAGGUUGUGGAUUUUGGCUGUUGAUGGCAUUUUUACUCAUUAUAAGAAAAGGUUUAUUCAAUAAACUUUCUAUCAAGUGGAAAAAAAAACUCAACUUUAGAAUCUAAUGUGAAAGGGUUUAUCAUUAAGAGUAGCAUUUUGUCUUUAUUUUAAGAGUUCUGAAUCACAAUAAUGCACCAGAGAAAAGAAAUGUACAGAUUUAAAUGUGUAAAUAUAACAGUACUUUUUAAUUUAUUUGUGUUAAUGAAAAUCAUUAAUGAUGAAAAUAAUUUGCUUUUUAGAAUAUAUGCAACCUAAGAGAAAGGUAUAUUUUUGAUAAACUGAAAAAUUAGGUAUCUUACUUUUUUACAGUUUAAACUUUUAAAUUGUGAAAAUAUUGAGAAAAGUUUGUAGCUUUUUAAUAUUAUAAAAUAUUUAUUGAAUGAAGGAUAAAUUAUAUUAUUGGCAAGACAUAUUCAUUGUUGAAUGUAAAUCAUUAUUUAUGAAAUAAGGAUCUUAGCCUUAUUACUUAAAAACAGGAAUAGCAUUUUUAUCAGGUUUUGUAUUCUUUUAAAGGUGGGAUUACUUUUUAUAUUCAUUUUUACAAGAAAAUUAUGUAUUAUAUAUACAUUAUUAUAUUUUGUAAAAUUAUAAAAAAUGUAUUUUCUUUUUUUCUUCGAAGUACCAUUAAAAUAAUCAAAAAAGCUCCUAGAAUCAAAUAAAUAUAAAAAUUAUUCACCGAAAAAAAUUUUCCUCCUCAUGCAUAUGGCAUUAAAUUCCUAAUAAUGCCACUAAUUUAAUUCAGUUUUGCUACAUUUUACGACUUAUAACGUCAGUGCUGUGAUUUUAAAAAGAAAGACACUUGUAUGGCAUACAUUUUAGUUUAAAUUUUAUUAAAUUAAGAAAUACAUGAAGACAGUAUUAUAUGAGAUCAAUCAACACUGUUAGCUGUUCCUUGAGUUCCAUUUCUGAUAGCAAAAAUGAGCCAGUUUUCUUUUAACGUGUUUUCCAUAGAGGUAAUUUUUCAAUAAAAUAGCUCUUAAGUACAUUUCCAUAGCUAAAAUUAUCACUUAUUAGAUUACUAUCAUUAUUUUCUAAAGAAAAAUACCUCUGCUUAUCCAUUUAAAAUCACACAGUAAUAUCAAAAAGCUGAACAGUUCAUUACUGAAAAUAACUUUCAUAUACUUAUUGGAAAAUAAAGUCAUUUGACAUAUUUGUAUCUUGGUAUGAAUUCUAACAGUAAUUAUAAAACUGUUUCGAAUCAACUUUAGAAAAUAUUCAAAAUUUAUUAACUUAUUUUGUUCUUUCAUUGCAAAAUUAAACUAGAUACUGUUACUUUAUUUGUAACAUUCUAGGUUGCAAAAUAGCAGUAUAAAUUAAUUUAUCUUAAAAUAAGGAAUAACUGAUGGACUCUGUUGAGAAAGCUCUAAAUUUUUAGUUUUUCACUCUCAAAAUUUUAAAAGGAAAUAAUGUUUUCAUCAUCUCUCUAAAAGCAUAACAUGUUCAUUUAAAA